CGUUUACGUGCCCAAGCCACGCCCACGUCGUCAUGCGUGCACCUUAAGACUUAUGAAUAUUCACUCAAGUCCGAGGGGAGUUCUGCGCUUACGACGGGGACGCGCGAGCGUUGUGGAAAUGGUAGCAAGAUGGCGGCCCUGAAGGAGGAGCAGUGCUACGGACUGUCCUGUGGAAGAGUGAGCAAUGGCAGCAACGUGUCCGUCUUUCACGUUAAGCUGACUGACAGCGCCUUAAAAGCUUUCGAGAGCUACCAGGGCAGUAAGAGCCUGUCUGUACAGCCAUCGAUCCGCUUUACUGGAAACCAAGGGAAAAUUACAAUACCACGACCAGAGAGCCCUCAUGAUCUUCAAACUUUUACCUUCUAUCUGUCCAAUGUUGGAAGGGAUAAUCCCCAAGGCAGCUUUGACUGCAUUCAGCAGUAUUUCAGCAGCAGUGAUGGGAGGAUCCAGCUGGACUGCCUGGGUGGGAUCCAGGACAAGAUCACUGUGUGCGCCACUGAUGACUCCUACCAGAAGGCCCGACAGAGCAUGGCCCAGGUGGAGGAGGAGACACGCAGCCGUGGUGCCAUUGUCAUCAAACCGGGAGGGAGAUAUGUUGGCAAGAAGGUGCAGAUCCGGAAGCCAGCCCCCGGCCUGUCAGACAUUGCACCCUCGCGGCGAUCCUCGCGGCCUGUCAUCAUCUCCAGCACCAUGAAGAAGGGUGGGGCGACGGCAGCACAACAGAGGCCCUUGCGUGAACGCUUGGUGCACCUGCUGGCCCUCAAGCCCUACAAGAAGCCAGAGCUUAUCCUGCGCCUGCAGAAGGAUGGCCUCUCUCCCCAGGACAAGGACACACUGGACAGCCUCCUGCAACAGGUGGCAAACCUGAACGGUAGAGACAACACCUUCACGCUGAAGGACAGUGUUUUUAAGGAGGUGCAGAAGGACUGGCCUGGGUAUACUGAAGGAGACCAGCAGCUUCUCAAAAGGAUCCUUGUUCGGAAACUGUGUCAGUCCCAAACCGCACAGAGUAUUCCAGGGGAAAAUCCAGUCAGUCCUGGAAAAGAGGUGUCCAAUUCAUCUCCUUCACAGAAGCGGCCUGCUCCAGAAUUCAUAGAUCCCUUAGCAAAUAAGAAGCCAAGGAUAUCCCACCUAGCCAUUAAGACUGCUGGGCCUAUCAAUGGCAAGCUGAGCUCUUCCAAUGGGAAGGAAGUAGGUGGGGUUCAGUUGUCGGCUGGGGAAAGUACGACAUCCAGCUCCCAGCUUCCAGUCCUGGAAAUCCCGCGGCCGUUUGACCCGCUGUCUGAUGUCAGCAACGACUCCAGCCACAAUGGCCGGGAUUGUGAGGGCCAGGAGGUAGCUGUGACGGACAGGCUGUGCCAGCCACCCAUACCUCCUCCACCCAGUUUGAGCUCCUCUUCUCCGAGGCCUGGCCCUCUGGACCUUGCCGGACCAUCAGAGGAAGUGGUUGCAGGCACGCUCCAUGGCAAGUCCAAGAAGAAGUCCAAAAAGCACAAAGACAAGGAGAGGUCUAGGGAGAAGGAGCGGAAGGGUGUGGAAGAACGUGGCAUGGAGCCCAGGAAGGCCUGUGAGCUUCCGCCUAGUGCUGCCAGCCCCAAGGACAGUGUUCCACCUGGAAGCACUGCAGAUGUGAACGGGGUGUGCAUCAAUAGUAUUCCUACGUCGUCAUCGGAGAUGGCUGACUAUUUAUCGAAAUAUACACCGAUUGCAUCACAGGAGCAACGGCAAAGCUACAAGAAUGACUUCAAUGCCGAGUACAGCGAGUACCGGGGCCUUCACGCCAGGAUAGAGGGCAUCACUCGCCAGUUCACUGUGCUGGACUCCGAGCUGAAACAGCUCCAGCAAGGCACAGACAAGUACAAGACAAUCCGUAAUCAAAUACUUCAAGAGUAUCAUAAGAUUAAAAAGACUAAUCCAAACUAUAGCCAAGAGAAGAACCGCUGUGAAUACCUACACAACAAACUGGCACAUAUAAAGAAACUUAUAGCAGAGUAUGAUCAUCAGCAACUUCAAAGCUGGCACUAGUUGCACAGAGGUCUCUCCAAGAGUAUGAAAGGAUAAUCCACAUUCUUUGAGGAUCUUCUCCACCUUUCUGUGUCAGGAACUGAGGAAGCUGAUAACACUGAAAAGAAUGUGGCUGAAUGUAUGCCAAAUGCAGAAAGUGAUUUGAGAAUGGGAAAAAUGAUUAAAUAUGAAAUGGUCAAAUUUUUUUGUUCCCC